GAAUGCAACAUUAAGGAUGCCCACUGCCAAUGAACGCCAAAGGAGAAGAAGAAGAAGAAAGGAGGCGGAAGCAGCAGUAGUAGCUGGACCAGAAAUGUCAGUAUGGUGAUUUGGUAAACAGAAAGCUCAGCUGGCCCUUAAAAGCUUUGUGUUAAACAAUGUACCAGUCAAGAUGGGGCAGGCUCUGUGCAUAUGCUCCCGUGGAUCCAUCACCAUCGACAACAAGAAGUAUUACUUUGUGCAGAAACUAGACGAAGGUGGGUUCAGUUAUGUCGAUCUGGUAGAGGGGGCAAAGGACGGGCGCUUCUACGCCCUGAAGAGGGUCCUGUGCCAUGACCGCGAAGGCCGACAGGAGGCUCAGACAGAGAUGGAAAUGCAUCAGAUGUUUAAUCACCCCAACAUCUUGAGCCUGGUCGCGCACGCCUUUGUUGAUCGUGGAGGAAAGACUGAAGCCUGGUUACUUCUGCCGUAUAUCAGCAAAGGCAGCCUGUGGUCUGUUCUGGAGAAGCUAAGAGACAAGGGGAGCUCAAUGCCCGAAAAGCAGAUUUUGCAAAUCUUGCGUGGGAUCUGCUCUGGACUCAAGGCCAUUCAUGAAAAAGGCUAUGCACACAGAGACCUGAAGCCCACAAAUGUGCUCCUGGAUGAGGAUGACAGGCCGGUUCUGAUGGACCUGGGCUCUAUGAACCGUGCCAGGGUUGAGGUUAGAGGAACCAGAGAAGCUAUGACGAUACAAGACUGGGCAGCCCAGCGGUGCACCAUUUCCUACAGGGCUCCUGAACUCUUCAAUGUAGAGAGCCACUGCAUUAUAGACGAGCGCACUGAUAUCUGGUCACUUGGCUGUGUGCUUUACUGCAUGAUGAUGUUGGAGGGGCCAUAUGACAUGGUGUUUCAGAAGGGGGACAGUGUUGCCCUGGCUGUCCAGAACCCAGUGGCCAUCCCACAGUCUUGCAGUUACUCACAGGGCCUUCAGAUGCUGCUGAGCUCCAUAAUGGUAUCAAAUCCCCAGGAGAGACCAAACAUCAACUGGGUUCUUGACCAGGUACAGGACCUGCAGAGUCGCAGCCCCAACACCCAAACCAACAUGGUCUGAUCUUGCGCGGUGCACUGGAUGUGGGAAACACAAAAAUGACCAUCUCUAAUUUUAAGCUUGAAAAUAUUUCUUUUAUUUAUUGACUUCAGUGUAAAAAGUUUAGGUACAGACUGUCACCCAGCUUGAGGAGCUUGACAACAGUAUCAGCUUUUAGUUUGAAUGAUCUGAUCCAGCCUGCGUAUGACAGUGGACUUUUGUAAACAUAAUGUAAACAUUGACUCUGCAAUAUGCUGGUUUUGCGAUGGUCAAAUGUUUCUUCUGAUAAUCAAGUGGCUUUACCUUAAAUCUUAAAGGAAUAAUUUGACAUUUUGAACAUUGCGCUUAGCUACUUUCACGAUUUACAUGAGAGGAAAGACACCGCUCUCAUGUCUGUCGAUUCAGUGUUCAGCUGGAGCUUUUGACAGAGCCGGAGUACUUUCAAGCAUAUUCCUUUUAAAAAAAGAAAUCUUUUUUUGUCUUAAAAUUGUAGUUUUUGAAUAAGAAAAGGCAAAAUAUAAAAGUUUGCCAAACUUUCCAGUUAAUUGAAGUUACUUGAGUUCAAUACAUAUCAGUUUACAUUCCCUACCAUGAAGUUAGUAUGGUCCAGUUACUUUUAUUUUCUAAUAAUCUUGAUUCCUAACAUCUUUUGCUUACAUGUUUGCUGUAAUUAUCAAUAUAUACAACUCUGCCUUCAGCUUUUUUUGACUCCUUCACUAAUACUGUUGUCUCGACUGGAGAGAAGUGCAGGGGCAGUGUGCUCCUCACCUGCAAUGCUGCAUUUGAACACAUAGAGGUGCUCCACCAUCACAGUCCCCUGCUCCUCAUAUUGAAGUGGUGAUUGACCACGUUUCUGUCUGUACAGGUUAUAAUGAGUAAAUGGACUGUUUGUAAAACACAGUAAAGAGUAUCUGAAUACACAAAAGUAAAAAUAUUUAAGGCGCAGGAGGAAACAAAGGAAGCAAAUUAACUUUUAAUCACUUUAAGUAAUGACUUAGAAAUGUUUCUUUAACUGUAAGUCGAAGGCAUUGUCAUAUCUGCCAUUGCAGUUUAACCUUUUUUACUUCCUCUUUCUCUGGUUUGUGUUUGUAAACUAUUUUCCAUUCCACCUAUGCUUGUGUUAAAUUCUGGGUUUCCUGUUAUGUGUGAAUGUGGUCUCACACUUUUGUUCUCUCAGGGCUCAUCCACACACCAAAGGGUCUGACAGUCAGCCUACAUGGUACCUUUCAAAACUUUGAUCAGAUGAAUCAACACUUUGGGCAUUUAAGUUGAGAUGAAAGCUUUGUUGACUCUGUAAUGUGACGAUAUUGCCCCAUAACCGAACUAAAAGAUCUCGGUAGUUAACUUAAACAGUUAAUUGUUGGAACUGGCAUACGGUUUAAAUACAAUACAUUUUCAAUGCUUUAAAUUUGUAAAAUGACUAUGAAUAUUUGUGUGGGUAUUAAUGGAGAACUAAUACAUGGAACGGAGUUGUCAGUAAUCUAAGACUUACUAUUUUAUUUGAUUAUGGAAAAUUCUGUUAAAACUAUGUUUCAUCUUUUAUUCACUGCACAGUAAAUGAUAAAUAAAUAUUUAAUAUGUAGCACU